AACUGCCGUCUUUUGUUGUUCUUAUACUCCCUCUGUCAUUGCGAUUGAAACAAUAUGGUUCUCGGACGACUGUUCCACUAUGCCGCAGACGCGGUCCUGUUAUCCACCGUGCUGGCGGGUGUCAAACGAUCGAGUGGUUUUGUACCCGCUACGAAUAACAUCGGCGAUGACACUAUGCGAUCCGUUGCAGAGAAAUAUCUGGGUAUUGGAGAGACUAUCUUCGAUAUGAUACAGGGGACGGUGGUCAAUAGUGCAUACUUCAAGAGAGAUGCGACAUGAUAACAGAGUAGAUGAAGGAGCUUGUCAUUAUUAUAUCCUUAUUGCAAGAAGUCUGCACCUCUGUACUUGACUGUGACUCGGCCAUGGAUAAUGAAGUUUACUGGACGAU